AUGGUAAUAAGUGGGGUAGGCUCAGUUAAGGUUAAGGUUAAUACUAAUACUACUAACAGUACUAAAGAUAGUACCAACAGUACUAAGGAUAUUAGUAGUACUGCUGGUACCAUUGGAGCAAGCACCGUUACUGAGGGAAAGGGAGCUAAUUCUAUGGGUAUGGAGUGUACUACUAAUAAUACUAAGGAAGCCCCUUUCGGGGCUGGUACUAAGGAUAUUACUGGCCGUGAACCUGGCACCGUAACGGAAGACACCGUAAUGGAAUUAAAUGAGAUAUUAAAAAAUGAUACAAGUGCAGCAUCAAUAGCGGCAACAAGUUUAUUAAUAUCAAAUACAUAUUUAAAUUCUAAAGAUAUAUUUGAUAAUGGUAAAUGUUUUAUUGGUGGUUUAAAACCUUCUGAAAUGUAUCUUUUUAAUAAUAAAUCACAAACUGAAUUAUUAUAUAAUUCCUCAGUAACGGUGCUUGGUCAAACAGAUACUAUUCCUCCUAACAGUACUACUAAUCCCCUAACUAACAGUAGUAGUACUGAUCCUAGUACCGUAGGAGCAAGCACCGUUACGGAGGAGAAAAAUUCUAAUGAAAUUGCUGUUGUCACUAAAUCUGGGGAGUCAGGUACUUUUUUGGAUACUGUAGGUAUUGAGGGAGCCCCUAUCAGGGCUGUUGGUGAGGUUGUUAAUACUAAGGACAGUGAGAAUAUUUGUACAGUUGGAGCAAGCACCGUAACGGACACCGUAACGGAGGAAAAAAUAAUAAAUUCAUAUAAUUUAUGGUCACAUGAGAAUAUAGAAGAUAAAUUAACAAAUAAUAAAGGAUAUCAUGAUUUAGGAUAUAAAUAUAAUAAAACAAUGGAAAGUAAAGAUAUAGAAUCGGAAUUAUUAAAUAUAACAAAUGUAUUACCAUAUGAUGGAAAUCCAAAAAUCAGAUCACGUUAUUAUGUAACAUCAGCAUCACAUUUAUUUAGUGUAUUUAAUUUCUUUAAAUAUGCACAUUUACUUGAUGAUUCAUUUGAUACUAAUUCCAAACAAAUUGAAAAUAUUAAUGAUUUACAUUAUUUAUCACAUAUUGUAUUACGAGUAUGGCGUAGUAAAUCUGAUAAAGGUUAUUUUAAUAGAUUAGAAAUACUUGUCAGUUCCGGUGCUAAAGAUGGUUUUGGACAAAAUUAUCAAUUAUUAGAAAAAAAUGCUAAAAAUCAAAAAAACAAUUAUAAAAAAUAUAUACAAAAAUUACAAUUACACAAAUUUUCCAAAUUCUGUAAUCAAUGUUAUAUACCAUCCAAUCUUAAUAAUACCAACGGUACUACUAGUACUGGUACGGUGACUGAUACUACGGGUACUAUGGGUACUACGGGUGUUAAUGUUAUGAAUAUAAAUGUAUUGGAUAAAUAUAAUUUAAUGUAUGAAAAUAUAAAAGAAAAGAAAUUUAAAUGUUAUAAUUGUUUUUUAAAAGAAUAUAAAACUUUAUAUAAUCUUCAAAAUUUUACUACUGAUAAUUUUACUACUGCAGAUUUAGGAUUUGGUAGUCCAAAUAUACGACCAAAUAGUGUGGAUAUAGGAUUAAAUACUACAGAUAUUGGAUUAAAUACACCGGAUAUAGGAUUAAAUACACCAAAUAAUAAUUUGGAUAAAUUUAAUACAGAUAAUAAUUUGGAUAAAUUUAAUACAGAUAAUUUUAGUACACUAGAUAUAGGAUUUAAACCGGAUAUAGGAUUAAGUACACAGGAUAUAGGAUUGAAUAGAGGAAUGAAUAAUGGAGUGAAGAUGGUACCACCAUAUUGUGAAUUAAAUACAUUAGUAACAAUGAAUAGAAAUUUUGGAUUAGAUCGUUUAAAAGAUUAUAUACAAAAAGCAUAUCAUAAUAUAUUACUCAAAAAUUAA